AUGUCAAUCAGUUUCACAAAACAUCUAUUGGUAAAAGGCAAUUGUGGUAAAAUAACAGACGUAGUAGAUGUAUUAAGUCUCAUUGCUUGUGGAGUUGUAACAGUUAUAAAAGUAAUUAUACCUAGAAUUUAUUAUAAUAAAAUGUAUGUCAUUGUGAGUACGGCUAUAAAUGAUUGGAAGACGGUAAACAACGAAAAAGCUCGGCAAACUAUGUUACGAUAUGCAUACAUCGGAAGAGUUGUGUUUAUUGUGCAAAUUAUUGGAGCAUAUGCUACAGGAUUUCAGCUUAUUGUUUCACGACUGCCAUUUAUGAUGGAAUGGAAUAAUGAUCGGAAUUACAGUACACCAUUGUAUACCGUUCCUAUUGGCCCUAGUUGUUGGAUAUCUUCUGAUAUUUCUAGUUAUCACUACACUGUUUACUAUACAUUCCAGUGUAUACAAUUAUUUGUUGUGUGUACUGCUUAUAUUGGUGCUGAUACUUAUUUUUUUGGCAUCGCUAUGCAUGUUUGUGGACAAUUCGAGUUACUCUCCAAUAGUCUUACAAAUAUUUAUAGUGAUGGUAAAAUAUCAAAUCAAAAACAAAAUUUUUCUAAGUUCGUUGAACGACAUAAGCAUCUUCUCCUUUUGGCUAAUAAUUUUGAAGAAACAUACAAUUUAAUCAUAUUGAGCCAAGUUGCAAUAGAUGCUUUACUGAUUUGUAUAUCAGGUAUUGUUCUAUUAAUGACUCUGCAUACUGAAGAUUUAUUUAUAAUUAUUGGGCUUAUAAUUCGAAUAUACCUUGUGUAUGUUCAGCUUUUUCUAUACAGCUAUGUUGGUGAGCAGUUACAUGCUCAAGCAAAUAAAAUGCAAUUGACUAUUUAUAAUUGUCCAUGGUAUAACAUGUCACCUAAAAUCACUAAAGAUCUGGUGUUUACGAUUAUGCGAACGAAUUAUUCUUUUAAUUUGACGGCGGGUAAAAUGUAUUUUAUGAAUAUGGAAAACUUCAAAAAUAUAAUUAAAACUAUGGGUUCUUUUUUUUCUGUUCUCCGAUUAAUGUUUAUU